AUGGGACAACUUCCCUCUAAGCGCAUCACCUCUUCUCGUUCUUUUACUCACACCGGCAUUGACUAUGCUGGCCCUUUUUUGACAAAGACUUGGAAAGCUGUUCACUUGGAAUUAGUCACUGACUAUUCUUCUGAUGCCUUUAUAGCUGUAUAUAAGAGAUUUGUAUCAAGACGCGGAAUUUGUACCACGUUAACCAGUGACUGCGGCACCACGCUCAAAGGAGCAGAUUCAGAAUUAAAACGGCUUUUCUCGCAAGCUCGUCAAGAGUCUUCCACGUUAGCCAUCCUGUUAGCUAACAAUGGUACUCAAUGGCGCUUCAAUCCCCCUUCCGCCCCUCACUUUGGAGGUAAAUGGGAAGCGGGAGUCAAAUCUAUGAAGCACCACCUCAUCCGUGUAGUCGGCAACUCUACCUUCACAUAUGAGGAAAUGAGCACUCUCUUGGCUCAAAUUGAAGCGGUGAUGAAUUCCCGACCAUUGGGCCCGUUAACUGAGGACCCAGACAACCUCAAUGUAUUACCAGGACACUUCCUCAUGGGGUGUGCUCCUUUGACAGUUUCCGAACUUUGUCUUGAGUUGAUCAAAGCCGUUAGGUUGUCGCGAUGGCAACUUAUUCAAAAGACUUUUGAGUCAUUCUGGUCUAGAUGGUCUCAAGAAUGCUUACAAAGGUGUUACGCCUGUUAUAAGUGGAAUCGAGUUACUCCCUCUCUCCAAGUAGGAGCCAUCGUCCUCGUCAUCGACGAACGUUACCCACCGACUAAAUGGCCCUUGGGGCGUAUCAUUGCCAUACAUCCAGGGCAGAAUGGCCAUACCAGACUAGUUACUGUUAAAACGCAAACGUCAGUCUUGAAACGGCCAGUAGUCAAACUCUGCCCAUUGCCUGUUAUGCACGACUCCCCGCAAGUUGUUCAUUAA